UCGAGUAGACUCGGAGUGAUUUGGCAGGUGAAGCGCCCGUUCACAAUAUAAAUGUACAGCUGCUCUUUAUGAACUUCUGUCGCGCAUUGCACAGCUCAUUGAGGGUGCUGAGGUUGGGGUGUUGCAGCAUGAUUCUACACCCUUCUUCCUUUCCCUUUCCCCACUGCACCCAUUCUUCCGCACAACACAAACUCACCCCCCAACAGACCGUACACGCUACCAAACACACCUGGUACGGCCGUAUCCGAGUCGUCCCUUCAGAUCACGACGCCGAAAAACCAUCACAAAAAACCAACUACCCGUCCUGUCAUGCUCUACUCUCCAAUUUAUAAUGGUCUCUCUGCCGCAUUUACUUUUAGUCAGUCUUCCCUCUUCUCAUUCUGUUCUAGUUUCCAUCGUUACGAGUUCUGCGAGGCUCUCUGCAAGAACUCGAAGCUUGGUAUUCAUGAAGAUGCUCAGAACCGCGGCAAACUCACUGGGUUCCUCCGCUUCUUCUCAACUAGGGUCUAUCCUCGGCCUGGGAGUCAAAUGAUGACAUGCUCAAUGCUGCUCUCAAUGAGUACUACUUUCCAUCACCUCACCACUGGUUAAAUGCUUGCCGUCGCACCACGCCUGCGGGAACUUCCUAGCCAGACCUUUGUAGACGAAGGAAGAUAGUCGUUAAUACUAAAGGCGCUUCCUGGAGCUUGCAGCUUUCCUGGUCCCAGCUUUUACUACAACACCAAAUAGCCGGUUUUCAUGUGACAGUUUUCAACUUUUUCGUCCCGUGGGGAAUCAGGACGAACAACGGUUGCAAUGUGAUGUGUCAGAUCAUUUACUAGGAUCUUGCCAUCCCGAUUUGCACCGGUGCCACGGUGCCGUGGCGGCAGAGCGCCGAAGGCUUGUUUACAUUCAAAAGCUCUGAAGGGUUUUGAGCUCGAAAUUCUAG